AUGGGACGAAACCAAACGAUGGAUCAAACUAUUCUUCUAAUCUUACUCGCCAUACUCAUCUUUUAUAUAUCUUAUUCAUCGACUCAUUCGGCAUCAAGUUCAUCAGCCUUAGCUACCAGCUCAUUGAAAUUCAAAAAUCCACGAUUGGAUAAAGAUAAACUUCACAUCGGUCGUAAAAAUAAAUUUGCAGACGACGACGACGAUGAUUACGAAACCAAACUGCGCAAUCAUUCGGAUGAAGCUCGUUUACGCUUAAUUUUAUUGGAUGGAUACGUUCCUCAGGCACGGCCAGUAGUCAAUACCACCAACGCAACUAUCGUCGAUGUUGGGUUAACGAUUAUUCAGGUGAUGGAUCUUGAUGAACAAAAUCAANAUUCGAUCCAAGUAAAAUCGAUGACGAAAAUUUGA